AUGGCAUCCGUUAAUACAGAGGCAAAUAAGUCGGUGAUGGCUACUGAAAACAAUCAAUUGUCUACGUAUCAUUACAACGAGUCCGGAGACAAUCACACGACCGAGAUGGACGAUGGAAUUUAUUUUUACGAGGAUAUUGAUAAGCUUAAGACGUCAUGGGUAAACGAGCCCCAUGUGUUGCCACAGACCAUUAUAUACGGCAUCGUGUUUCUGUUGGGCUUGGUAGGAAAUUUCAUUGUGAUAUUAUCGGCGCUCGGACGUAGGUCCAAUCGAAAUGUGACCUUGAUGUUCAUGGUAAGCCUAGCUGUGGCCGACAUUCUGUUCCUGCUCGUGGUUAUCCCACACGAGUUGCUCCGGAUGAUUCUUGGUGAAUGGCCAGGUGGCCGAGCGUUCUGUAAAGUGUCUGGUUUCAUUGAGAUGCUAACGGCUGUAGCCUCGAUUCUCAAUUUGACAGCCGUCAGUUUUGAAAGGUACCUAGGCGUAAACAGACAUGACUCAAAUGCCUCCAGCAGCUCCAUGUCGACCGGUACGCCAAUCCAAAGUCGGGGCCAGAGGUUUUUGAUAGACAGGACAGCAGGAGUGAACAACACCGUGAUAAAUGCAAUCAUAAAGGACGCAAACAGGUCAUAA